GUUAUGCUUCAAACAGAGCACAAACAGAGUUGAAAGAAUGGUACUUUUAUAACGUUUUGAAUCUCUGGUGAAGUUGAUUAUUGCUGAUAGAGCUGGAUACAUUGCAGGUGCUGAAAUGUGGCAACGAUUAAUUUUCUUGAGCUUGCUUUUUAGUGUGUUUUGUAAAACAUGCCAUGGUGAGCGAUCCGAAGACUCUCUUAUAUGCAAACGAGUGGACAACGAUGCUGCCAAUGUUUUAAUCACGGGACCGCAAGGUCCUCCUGGGUUACCUGGUUUACCUGGACUGGCUGGAAUGCCCGGAUAUGAUGGCCUACCUGGACCACCAGGAAUGGACGUAGACUCCAACAGAUUGGUGAUUUUGGUUGAGCAAAUUGUCGCAGAAGCUAUUCAUGCGAUGAAGAAUGUAAAACCCCAGACUUCCGACUUUCGAUGCGAAAAUUUAAAUAACAAAGUCGAAGUCGAUGGAAAAUGUUUUUUCGCUGUCUUACCGGAAAAUGAAGUCAAAUUUCUCGCAGCUAAGCAGUUGUGCAUCGAUAGAGGAGCAACGCCGGCAAAUAUUUACGAUCGCCAUCAAUUCCACAAGAUUAUGAAUUAUCUUCAUGAGUUAAGACAAACAUUUUAUCACGUAUAUCUUGGAAUGGAGUUUGAUCCUGAGAAUGAUGAACUCACUUUCUAUGACGGAAGCCCAGCUCAAUACACAAGUUGGCGCUUCGGAGAUCCCGUUAGACGUGUGGCGGAUCCUGUGAAAAUGACGCGAAUAGCCAUAAACGUUCUGAGUGACAGCAACAACUCCGGUAAUGGAAUGUUGACUACGGCUAUGAUUUGGCCUAAAACAGGAGUACUUUGCGAAUCUGCCAUAGAGAGAGAGUCUUGAAUUGGAAUAAGCAUGACUCUAUUGUCUAUACUCAUCUCGUAUCGUGUAUAUCAACUUAUUAUUCUAAUUCUAAAGACUAUAACGAUCCAGAAUUUCUUAGAGUUUGUUGACUAAAAGCAAAUGUAUGCUAAUACUUGUUUUUACUUUUUACUAUCCUGCAGUUUUAUGAAUUUGUCGGAGUAAUAUUUGAUAUCACUAAUUUGUAUGCCGGUCAGUAAUGUGAUCAGUACCUUGGCAGCAAUGAAAUAUAAUAUGAAGUCAAAUUUGCAUGUUACUUUUUAGGGUGAAUAUCAAAAUUUCAUUGGUAAUUAAUGAUAAACCGUUACUGUGUAAUAAAUACUAUAACGAGUA